UGCAUUUUGUCUUGCAGAACACUGGAAUCCCUGCAGCUCUCCGCACAUCCUAUGACAAACUUCAUCCUGAAGGAGUCUUCUUGCUGGAGAAUGGUGUGCAGAUGUUCUUGUGGGUUGGGUCCAACAUCUCGCCAAAAUGGUUAAUGGAUGUGUUCGGGGUAAAUGCUCCACAUCAGCUGGACCCUGUAAUGGCAGAGCUACCAGAACUUGAUAAUCCCACAUCGAAGAGAGUAUGUGAUAUUAUUAAGGCCAUUCGAACUCAACGCAAGAAACACGUCAGGAUGUUUGUAGUUCCACAGCAAAGCAAACAUGAAGUUGUGAUGAGGAACUACUUAGUAGAGGACAAGAGUUUAUACGGUGCCCCAAGUUACGUUGACUUCCUGUGUCAUGUCCAUAAGGAAAUUCGUGCCCUUCUGUCUUGAAAUAGAUGGCAUCAAUGCCCAUGGCCAUCAUCAGAGUUGGUAGGGUCAUCUCCCUCCACAUUUCCAGAUUACUCGACUGAAGUCUCCUCUACCCAGUCAACCAACAAUUCCAGCAUCCCUAUCACCUCUACCAACAAUUUUAAUGAUCAAAUAUCUUCUCUGCUCAUUAUUCCUUGCAAUCCAGCUCCCAAGAGCCAAUUUCCAAAUGGUGCCUCUCCUUUAUUAUUUACUAAAAAUACCAGAUGUCAUACCAUGACUACACCUUGUAGUGGUCAAGUAUGCAAAUUGGAAAAAGUGUUUAAAAGUGGCACUUACAUUGUAUGACUAACAUUGAAAACCAUGUUAGUAAAGAAUGUGACAUUUGUACUGUAUAUCUAACCUUGAGAACCUUGUCAGUAAAGAUGUGCUGCAUAACUGGCACUGAGAACCUUGUCAGUAAAGAUGUGCUGCAUAACUGGCACUGAGAACCUUGUCAGUAAAGAUGUGCUGCAUAACUGGCACUGAGAACCUUGUCAGUAAAGAAUGUUUAGCCAGGUUUAUGUAUCACCAAGUGGAAUUUAUGCUUUAUGGCUGGCCACUAAAACUUUGUGAUUUUGCUAAUGUGAUUCAGCUACAUUUUAUUCUUUUAUGAGUAUCAUAGAGGUGACAGUAAGAUUAUAUUUUUGAAAGAAUAGUUUUUAAUACCAAAGCUAUGUAGAAAAUUUGGCUAUGGUUUCCAGCUCUUAAAGAAUUUACAUAAAGCUAUUUUAGCUGAGGGUUGUGUACUUGAAUAAGGAAAUUGUCAAUUCCUUGUAUAACUUAUUUUAAUCAGCAUAUACAUCCCUUGGUUUAAUUUGCAAAUUUGUAUUUUACUUUCGAUAAAGCUAAUUAAUUACAUCAAAGAUUCUGAGUUUGGAUGGGUAGUAAAAGAAAGUUACCAAAGACUUGUGACAAUAUUUGAAUCGCCAGGACUAAUGUUUUAUGUACUUCAGAUAUAAAAAUAAUGGUUAAGACAAGACUGCUUCUUCAAAGUUGUACAUUUGAAGCUGGACACACCCAUGAGUAGGGCUGUUUGUAUUACUCUGAAAAUAUCUCCUACUCUGAACUUUUUUUUUUCAACAUGAAGGAGAUAGUACUGCUUAUAUUCUGAUUUGCUCAGAACUCUUCUCUCAACUUAGGGUGAAAAAAAAGCCGAUUUGUAUUC